AAGAUAGCGAGGGGCCUGUGCAGCAGAGAAAUAGAAGAGUUCCAGUCACAAAUGCAUACGUAAUGCAAUUUGACAUUUACUGCUAAGGUGAAAUGCAGAAAUGAAAACGACACAUCCAUUUUAGUAUUCUCAGAUGUGACUAGAUGUACUUUAUCAUGUUUCUGUGCAACUGACUUAUUACAAAAUGUUUAUAAAGGUUACAGUUAAAUAGCUAGGACCUGCAUACUUCUUGGAUAAACUGAGACAUCACAAGGAGAGAGAUUUUGUUUCAGCUUAAUCAUACCUCAGAGGAGCCCUCAGCCUAGAUCCAUACACAUUCCUUCAGCAGCAGCUGUCACUAGAUACUUUGCCUCCUAGGAUGGCUGACAGACUUCCCACAGAGUUUGACGUCGUGAUAAUAGGGACAGGAUUGCCUGAAUCUAUCCUCGCAGCUGCGUGUUCAAGAAGUGGACAGAGGGUCCUGCAUAUCGACUCAAGAAGUUACUAUGGAGGCAACUGGGCAAGUUUCAGCUUUCCUGGGUUGCUGUCUUGGUUGGAAGAACUUCAACAAAACAGUGACACUGAGGAAGAAACAAUUGCUGCAUGGCAAAACUUGAUGGAGGAUACAGAAGAAGCCAUAUCUCUUCAAAAGAAGGAUGAAACUAUUCAACAUGCAGAAGUAUUUUGUUAUGCAAGUCAAGAUAGGGUAGACAGUGUUCUAGAGACUGAUGCUCUGCAGAAAUAUCCUUCCUCAGAGACAUCUAGUACCUCCAUUAAACCUCUAGAUUCCACUAAAGAAAAGGACUCAGCACCUGUUACCAGCUGCAAAAUGCCUGACAAACACACUCAGAAAAGUGGAGAGAUUUCACUGGAAGUACCUGAUGAAGAGGAGUUGAUGGAGAAAGAAAAGCCGUGUGGUGAUAAAAUUUGUAUACACAGAGUUUCAGAGGAAGAGAAAAAUAAAAACAAACCUGCAGACGAACCCGAAGACAAUGCUGAUAAGCCAAAGAGAAAUAAGAUUACUUACCCCCAGAUGGUUAAAGAAGGCAGGAAAUUUAAUAUUGAUUUGGUAUCAAAGCUGCUGUAUUCCCAAGGAUCAUUGAUUGAUCUUUUAAUCAAAUCAAAUGUUAGUCGUUAUGCAGAAUUUAAAAAUGUGACUCGGAUCCUUGCCUUUCGGGAAGGCAAGGUAGAACAGGUGCCUUGCUCCAGAGCAGAUGUUUUUAAUAGCAAAGAACUUACUAUGGUUGAAAAGAGGAUGCUGAUGAAAUUUCUUACAUUUUGUCUAGACUAUGAACAGCAUCCUGAUGAAUACCAAGAUUUCAAGCAGUGUUUAUUUUCAGAGUACUUAAAAACUAAAAAAUUAACUCCUAACCUUCAACAUUUUAUACUACACUCAAUUGCAAUGAUAUCAGAAUCAUCUUGCACCACAUUUGAUGGCCUUAAAGCAACAAAAAACUUCCUUCAGUGUCUUGGGCGUUAUGGCAACACUCCCUUUUUAUUUCCUUUGUAUGGGCAAGGAGAAAUUCCCCAGUGUUUCUGCAGGAUGUGCGCAGUUUUUGGUGGAAUCUAUUGCCUUCGUCAUAAAAUAAAAUGCCUUGUAGUUGACAAAGGAUCUAGACGAUGUAAAGCAAUUAUAGAUCACUUUGGUCAGAGGAUAAAUGCUGAAUAUUUUAUUGUGGAGGACAGUUACCUUUCUAGGGAAAUAUGCUCCAAUGUGCAGUAUAAGCAGAUAUCAAGGGCAGUGCUCAUUACAGAUCAGUCUAUUCUGCAGACAGAUUCAGAUCAGCAGAUUUCCAUCUUGGUAGUGCCGCCUGAAGAGCCAGGAGCUUGUUCUGUUCGGGUCACAGAAUUGUGUUCAUCAACCAUGACAUGCAUGAAAGACACCUAUUUAGUACAUCUCACCUGUUCAUCUUUAAAAACAGCAAGGGAAGACCUGGAGCCAGUAGUGAAGAAAUUAUUCUCACCUUUUGCUGAAGCAGAAGCAGAUGAGGAAGGACUCAAAAAGCCAAGACUCUUGUGGGCUCUUUAUUUUAAUAUGAGAGAUUCCUCAGGGGUUAGCAGAAGCGCAUAUCAUGGCUUACCUUCCAAUGUUUACGUCUGCUCUGGGCCUGAUUGUGGUCUGGGGAAUGAGCAUGCGGUCAAGCAAGCAGAAACACUGUUUCAUGAGAUCUUUCCAAGUGAAGAGUUCUGCUCUCCUCCUCCAAAUCCAGAAGACAUUAUUUUUGAUGGUGAUGAUAAGCAACUGGAUGCUCCAGGAACUGAUAAUACAGAAAUGGCCAAGCUAGAAGACGGCGAGGAAAGCAAAAACCUAGAAAAUGCAGGACAACACCCUCAGACUUAGAAAAGUGCAACUUGGAAAUUUUCUUCAUCUUGGCAUUGAGUAUUAUCACUUGAAGGACAGCUUCCAUAUGAGUAAUUACAAGUGACUGUAUGAGAAAGGCCUUGCAGAUGCCGCUAGCUGUCUUUGAGACAGUGGACAUUGUAUGUCUUAAUUAUCAAUUACUGGAUUUUGAACUUUGUUUCAGCUUUUUUUCCAUGAUUCAGUCUUAAAACAGAGUUAGCUUUAUUUUACUAUUGAGUGUAUGUGUGAGAGUUUCAUCUGAACAUUUUGGGAAGGUAAAAUUGUACCUGCUAUUGAUAUUCAUCAUCUGUAGAACAAUAAAUAAUGUCAAAGGCAUACUUCA